AUGGAUAAGUUUCUCAUCAAGUUACCAAAGCCAAAAGAUGGCCAACCAAGUUCUAGCUCUAAUCAACCAUUUGUGAGUUCACAAGUUGCUCCGGAAGUUCAAAGACAUACAAAUUCUUUUCCACUUUCAAAUAUGGAUAAUAUGCUUGAUUUUAAAUCUCUUGAAGCAGAUCCCAAAGAUCGAAUGCCUAUUUCAUCUUAUGGUCCUAAUAUUCGAGAUGCGGUAAGGAGGUAUUACAUUCAAAAAAAGUCAUGUCAGCCUGUUGAUCAUAUCUUCCCCAAAAUUAAGUUUGGAGAAAAAAUGUGUCAAUUUCGACCAACUUGGUUUAAGAGAAGAUCUCAAUGGUUGGAAUAUAGCAUUAAAGCAGACGCGGCAUUUUGUUUGUGUUGUUAUUUGUUCAAGAAUAAACUUGAAAGUCGUGGAAAUGCUGGAGAUUCAUUUACAAGAGAUGGUUUUAGGUGUUGGAACAAAGCUUUAGAAAGAUUCAAAAAACAUGUUGGUAAGGUAAAUAGUAUCCAUCAUAAAUGUUUCAAUAGGAUGCAAGAUUUGAAAAACCAACGACAAUCGAUCCAAUCCUCUUUUGACAAGCAAAGUGAAAAGGCGAGAAGUGAUUAUCGGAUACGUUUAAAUGCCUCAAUUGAUGUAGCAAGAUUUCUCUUGACAUCGGAAUUUCCAUUUCGUGGACAUGAUGAAAGUGAAGGUUCCGAAUAUAAGGGUGCUUUUCUUGAACUUUUGAAAUGGUAUGGGGAUAGAAGUUUUGAUGUGGGAAGAGUAAUAUUAGGUAAUGCUCCACAAAAUGAUAUGAUGAUUUGUCCGACAAUUCAAAAAGAUAUUGUGGAGGCUUGUACUAAAGAAACAACUAAGGCUAUCUGUUGUGUCCCUGCUUUUGGACUUCCGGGGCCUGUUUCAGCUCUCAAUCUUGAUCCAUUUAGAAACAGACUUAAGGAGAUAAUUAGGCCACCAUGGCCCCACAAUCAGAAAUGCAGUGGGAUGAGAGUCCAAUGGACUCGGGAUGACAUUCGCAACAAAACACAAAAAAGAAGACAAAUUAGCAAAGAGAAAAGCACAUUCAACUUUAAGCUUCUGUACCUAAUUAAUUGGGAGGGAUGGGGAGUUCUGAAAAAGGAAAAAAAAAUGGCCAUGGUGAUGGUAAUUGCUGACGCCUGCUGCUUUCCGGAUUUGCUGGGAUUUGGACGUUGCUUGCUAGUCGUUUUGGAAGGAAGAAGACGCAGGGGUCUUUCCAAAAAGAAUUCGGAUGUGGAUAAUUUUUUUUAUGUUCUCACUAAUAUUUUGAAUACUAUUGGAGCUUCAUUUAAACGCAGAGAUUCACUUCGACAACAUCAAGAAGAUAAGUUGGAAGAGUUGCUUAAAUUUGGAGAAGUUCAUACAGGGCAAGGUUUGAAUCAAGAACAUGGCCUCCAACGACCGGGUGAUACUCGUUGGGGGUCUCAUUUUAAAACCUUGGACAAUUUCCUGAUUCUUUUUUCUUCAAUUGUUAAUGUGCUUAAGGAUAUGAAACAUGAUUGUCCAUAUCAUCUUGAUAGAUUUGCAGCGAAAAAUCUUUUGAGCAAGAUUCAUGAAUUUGAAUUUGUCUUUAUGUUGCACUUGAUGUUUAAGGUGUUGCUAUUGACGAAUGAGUUGAAUAAAGUUUUACAAAAGAAAGAUCAAGAUAUCGUUAAUGCUAUGGGAUUGCUUGACCUUUCAAAGAAACAAUUGCAAAUGAUGAGAGAGGAUGAAUGGGACUCUAUGAUGGAUGAGGUUAGCUUAUUUUAUGGUAAACAUGGAAUUUCAAUUCCCAAAAUGAAUGAAAACUACUCUAAUGGGAAGUCGAAGCGUAAGAGGUCCAAUAUUUCAUAUUUGCAUCACUUUCGUGUGGAAGUAUUUUAUGCCGUCAUUGAUUUGGCACUUCAAGAACUCAAUAAUCGUUUUGAUGUGGUGACUAGUGACUUGCUCCUCGGUAUGGCUAGUUUGAGUCCGGUUGAUUCAUUUGCUAAUUUUUACAAGGAUAGGAUAAUGAAACUAGCCGAGUACUACCCAAGUGAGUUUGGUGAUAAAGAGCUUCGGAAACUCAAUUUUCAACUUGAUGAUUUUAUUGUCUAUGCUCAAAAGUGUGAUAGCAAGUUUCUCAACUUGAAGGGAAUCAAGGAUCUUGCAAAAGUGAUGAUAGAGACAAAACUACAUCAAACUUGGUCACUUGUGUAUCUACUUGUGAAGUUAACUUUGAUUAUUCCUGUUGCUACCGCAAGCGUGGAAAAAGCAUUCUCAUCAAUGAAGUACAUAAAGAAUGAUUUGCGUAAUAGGAUGGAUAAAGAUCUUUUGAAUGGUUGUUUAGUUUGCUAUAUAGAGCGUAGUAUAUUUAAAAAUGUAAGUAAUGAUGCUAUUAUUGACCAUUUUCAAAAUAUGAAAACUCGUCGAGGACAAUUGUAA